GGAUGGCUGCCCUCUUUCCGGCAACAUUUACAAACUAAUGUACCGUCAGCCGGCAGGGUCACGAUUCCUCGGCAACUCAUACCGCAGAAGAGUAAUUCCACACAUCGAAUUCCGCCCAGGGGUAAAAUAGGAAUUUCACAUCCGCAGUGGAUAAAAUUCAGAGUAAGAGCAUUCCCUCUGCAGUCUGCAGACAGAGGACUUCAAACAAUUUGAGAGAGAGAGAGAGAGAGAGAGAUGGCAGCUGCAGUUCAUUGCCUAUCCUUCCCUUCAAGAUUCAGCAAGCUUUCACUCAAUGGCCCUUCUACUUCCUCUGCCACUACUCAUUCCACAACUUCCCUCAGUUUCUCAGCCACCCUUUCUCCCAAUUUCUUCUCCAAAGGGUACUUGGCUGUGAGCCAACUUCAGAGGCCGGUUCGACAUUCCAUUGUUUGUGAGGUCGCUACGAAGAAGCCCGACUCUGCUGUGAAGAGAGCUCGGCAGGCCGAAAAGAGGAGGAUUUACAACAAAUCCCGCAAAUCCGAAAUUAAAACCCGAAUGAAGAAGGUUUUGGAAGCUCUGGAUGGGCUGAAGAAGAAGCCGGAUGCUGCACCCGAAGAGGUCCUUUCCAUUGAGAAGCUCAUUGGAGAGGCGUACUCCAUUAUUGACAAAGCAGUUAAGGUGGGAACUCUGCACAGGAAUACAGGAGCGCGGAGAAAGUCUCGACUGGCUAGAAGAAAGAAGGCUGUUGAGGUCCACCAUGGCUGGUACACCCCAUCUCCAGAAGCUGCUAGUGUCUAACACAACCCCUUUGUUGGGUCCGCCCUUUGUUUCCCAUAACAUUUUGCCUUUGUAAUGUGUAGCAUUUGUCCUUUGAAUGUAUACACUUCUCUUUUAUUUGGUACAUGAUUAGCUGUAUUCAAAUCUGGAAGUAUUCAAAGUUAAAUCAUCAAAUAAGAUUUUUAAAGUCA